AUGCCAAAGAAGCAGCGCCACAACUAUCUCAAACAACUUCAAGGCGCCUCGAGUGGCAAACAAUCCGUCGACACUAAUGGAACCGGUAGCUCGGCAUCAGUCAACGAGAGACUGGGCGAGCUGAGAAGACUGCAAGGCAAGGAUGCCGCGAAGAAGAAGGCGGAGCUUGCAGAGAGCUCGCAGAACUUAAAGUCAGUACAUCCAUCGUUGAAAGGCAUCUUGGGAAUCGGCGAAUCUGCUCCCCCAAGACCGAAACGCGCUAUACGAACGAGGAUACCGAACCGGACCCCGGGACCCGCGCCGCCAGCGAGCUGGACGAAAACUGCGGGAUGGACUCCUCUCCUGGCCUUGCGCACUGGACAGAGGAGGUUCAGAAAGGGGGGCAUUGCUGACGUUGAUCGCAACAGGCCCGACAAGUUGCAGCGAUUUGCUUGUAUGACGGGACUAGAUGUCGAUGGAAGCACUCGGCCCUUGAGCCUGAUGCAUUUCGCCUUGAAGACGGCUGCAGAACAGUGGCAUUUAUUCGACGAUGAGGACCUUCCCAUGCUGGCGGAACUCCCAUUGGCACUACGCCUGAAGCUCAUCAGCUAUCUUGGCUUUUAUGGUCCUACAAUCAAUCUUGCUGCCCUUGACGCCUUGACGAGUGGUUCCGAGAGACUGCUGUACCUGGAUGUAGCAGGUCUCAUCGGCCACGGCAGCCUUUCUAUCAGUAGACUGACUAAGCUCGCGAAGAAACCUGUCCCCUCGCAGGCAGAAUCAGAGCACGUCGUGGCUGACGAAGGUAUUGCCGACUCCUGGGACCAGGAGGAGAGCUUCGAGAGUGUCUUAACUACGAGCCUCACGGCCACCAGAUUUGCUGGUCUGACUCAUUUGAGCCUCUCGCAUCCGCCCUCCAAUAUUUCUUGGCGAGAGCUCUUGGGUCUGGCGAAGCAGAUUCCUACUAUCACUCACCUCUCGCUCGCCCAUUGGCCGCGACCCACUUUGACACCAAACUUGACAGCUUCAACGGUAACGAGCCAGCACAGUCCCGACGUCCAUGCUGGCGGUUCGCACUUCUAUUCGGCUUUGGACGAAGACGUGUAUGAGCCUGCAGCGAUCAUCCGAAAACUCAGUGGUGCUCUGCUGCGCUUGCAAUGGCUGGACCUCGAAGGCUGCACGAUCUGGAGUAAAGCACUGUCUUUCGCGUGGACGUCUGCUGCGGCCAGCGAUAGCACGAACGAUGCAUGGUCGGCACAUAACGCUUUGACGAGUAUUUGGAUCAGUAAUUGGAAAAACGUACAUUACUUGAACAUCUCCCAAGGCUGGAUACCCCGAUCUGUGUCGCUUGAGCUUCUGCCCAAACAACACAUGUCCAGCGACCGUAAAGCCAUUGUGGCCAAAGUCAGCCGACAGUCGACCCUGGCCCCGCUUGCUCUGGACGAUGAUAGGGAAAGCCUCAACCUGCUGUCGCAGAGCAAGGCUCGAGUAUGGCUCGACCUCGAGGAGCAAGCUCUGCAAGUCGAGAAGGAAAUCAACGCCACCAGACGUGCGGGGCGAGUCAAGCCCAUAGACGUCGAUCAUGGCUGGGCAACAGCAUGA